GGAAAAAACAUGUGCCACGUAAGUAUCGUCCCCGCGUAUUAGCCACAAUUUCGAAGGCACAGCAAGUUAAAGAAAGAUUCUCUUUGCCCAGACGAACGCUCGUGUGUGUGUGUGUGUGUGUGUGUGUGGUGGGUGUUACUGAUCUUCCUUGAUAAGUUUUUUUAACCACAGGGGGUUUGUUAUCUCCUCAUGUGCUCGAUUCAUGCUAGAUUUCAGGUUUCUCAGCCACAAUGGAACAGAAAGAAGAACACCCGAUCUCUAUUUCUACUCAAUCCCAACUCAAAAUUCGCCUUCUUUCCUCGCGCGGUUUCUUCUUCUUCUUCGGACAACAACGAUGGUUCAGUUUCAUCUUCCAGACAAAACAGUCGACAGAUAGGUUAUGAUCCUUCAGAGGAACUGUUUGGUGUUGAUUUCAAGCCCAGGAUCAUAUCUGGUGAUUCCCGCGAACCAAGGUCAUGGUUUGGUCCAAACGGUCAGUACAUUAGAGAGCUUCCAUGUCCAACUUGUAGAGGAAGAGGUUAUACUUCAUGCUCAAAUUGCGGAAUCGAUAGGUCUAGAUUGGACUGCCCUCAAUGCAAAGGAAAGGGCAUAAUGACUUGUCUCAGAUGUUUGGGAGAUUGUGUCAUAUGGGAAGAAUCCAUCGAUGAACGACCUUGGGAGAAAGCUAGAUCCAGUUCUCCAUUUAGAGUAAAGGAGGAUGAUGAGGUUGAUAAUCUAGAGAUAAAGUUCAAUAAAAGGAGAAAAUCGAAGCGGAUUUACCAGUCACCGACUCCUGAAGUUGGACAAAAGAUCAGCCGAUCUCUUAAAAGUCUCAAUGCCAAGACUGGACUUUUUAGUAAGCGAAUGAAGAUUAUACAUCGUGAUCCUGUCCUUCAUGCUCAAAGGGUAGCUGCAAUUAAGAAAGCUAAAGGAACACCAGCUGCUAGAAAGCAUGCAUCAGAAUCUAUGAAAUCUUUCUUCAGUAACCCCGAAAACCGAGAACAGAGAAGCUUAUCCAUGAAAGGAAUUAAAUUUUACUGCAAGAAAUGCGGACAGGAAGGCCAUAGAAGCCAUUACUGUCCAGAACUGGGCACUGAUGCGGACAAAAGAAUUAGAUGUAGGCUUUGCGGUGAUAAAGGUCAUAACCGAAGAACCUGUCCUAAGUCGAAACCAAAGGUCACUAAAGGCAUUUCCACAAGGUAUCACAAAUGUGGAAUAUGCGGUGAGAGCGGUCACAACAGCAGAACAUGCCAGAAACUGACCAGAGUGAAACUCAGUGGCCGUGUUGGCGAUUCUGAGGAAGAUGGUGUUGGUAAAGUCAGAGGAGGCUAUGCUUGUGGGUUCUGCAAGAAAAAGGGACAUAAUGUAAGAACUUGUCCAAGAAAACAAGUUUCAGACAGUGAUUCUUGUUUAGAGCAAGAAGGUUCUUGAAUCUUGAUCAUGUGUCUUUGGAUUGGUUAGGCUUUUGUUUUACUCUUGAAACAGAAAUAACCAAUCUCACACUGCUUAUAGGCCCUUCUUAGAAUCGGAUUAAUCAAUCACUUUGGUCCUUGA